AUGGCAGCAAAUCAUGUUUCUACAUCCAUGUUUUCCUAUACUCCUAACCAAGUUCCCAUAUUUGAAGGAGAGCAUUUUGAUUAUUGGAGUAGUCAAAUGGAGACACUCUUCAUUUCGCAAGAUUUGUGGGAAGUUGUUGAAGAUGGAUUUUCGGAACCUGAUGAUAAUGAAGAAGAAGAAGAAGAAUGGACGGAGGCUCAACAAAAAGAUUACAAGAAAAAUUUAUGGAGAGAUGCAAGUGCUCUUAGAUUUAUACAACAAGGAUUAAGCAAGACCAUAUAUCCUCGAAUUCACGGUGUCAAAAGAGCCAAGCAAGCUUGGAAUAUCUUAAAUGAGGGAUUUCAUGGCAAUGACAAGGUGACAUCUCUAAAGCUUCAAUCUCUUUGGAGGGAGUUCGACAAUUUAUCAAAAAAAGAUAAUGAAAUUACGCAAUUCUAUCUAACUCGAGUCUCCGAAAUAGUAAAUCAAAUCAGAAGCCUUGGCGACACAAUUCAAAAGGUCCUUCGAAGCCUUCCCGCGAAAUAUGAUUAUAUUGUCGCCGCUAUUGAAGAAUCAAAAGAUUUGUCUAAAUAUACUUUUUACGAUUUGAUGAGUUCCCUGCAAGUACAUGAAGAAAGAAUUGGCAGCGGCAAGAAGGCAGAGGAGUAUCUUCCUAAGGAAGAGGAGGUUCUUUCCAAGGAAGAGGAGAAUCAUCACGAGGACAAGGAUGAUCAUUUCGAGGAAGAGGAAAAGGAAGAUCACAAGAACAAAGAUGAGAAGGAUGAAGCAAACUUUUCCAAAGAUGAAGAUGAACAGCUUUUCUCUUGUAUGACGGCUCAACAACAAUCAAAAAAUGUGUGGUACCUAGACAGCGGCUGCAGCAGUCACAUGACUGGAAAUAAAAAAAUUUUCAUUGAUCUUGAUAAGAAUUUCAAUUCAGAAGUGAAGCUUAGUGAUGGAAAGUUACAUCGCACUGAAGGAAAGGGAACUAUUGCUGUUCAAACUAAAGGAGGUAACCAAAAGCUCAUUGGUGAUGUUCUUUAUGUGCCUAAUUUGACUAGUAACCUCCUUAGUGUUGGACAACUGCUACGCAAAGGAUAUUGUUCAAGCCGUGAGCAUGAUCUCAAGGUUCAUGAAUGA